AUCGCAGCACUGGCAGGGUUAAUUACGCGCUGUUGCAUAUCUGGAUAAUUACAACAGGCGAUCAAUAGACGCUGCCAAGCAGUGACUAGCUGCAGUUGGAGACCUCAUUGCUGCAGGGAUCAAGCAGUAUGUGGUUCUUAUAGCGUGGAAGAGGAUGAUAAAGGGCAGCGAUCGGGGCUUUUCCAACCCAGAUGCACAUCCCGCCGCGUGGAUCUCGGGCUCUAUGUUAAGUGGAUUCGCGCGGUCACUGGCACCCCAAGCUGGAGAUUUACACAGGUGCCCCGUGUUUGGAUAGUAUCUUUCCCUUUUUUUUAAAUGUAUAUUUCCCUCUGGAAAUCGCUAGCCGACUUCUGGCGCUUGAAUGUGGAGAGAGAGAGGGAGAUCUGCAUGUGUGGUCGUGGUGCGGCUGAGACGCGCAGGAGCUGAGCUCUGAAGCUGGGGGGGAUUCGAACAUGCUGCCCGGCUGGAGAGGGCUUUGCACUGGGGCAGGGGCAACACUUUGCUGCCUUCUCGUCUGGAUCAUCUACUCGCACUUAGUCAAAGAAGGUCAACUGGCUGUGGGUACAUGUGAAAUAGUUACCUUGGACAGAGAUAGUAGUCAACCACGUAGAACAAUAGCCAGACAAACUGCACGAUGUGCCUGUAGGAGAGGACAGAUUGCUGGCACAACGAGAGCCAAGCCAGCCUGUGUGGAUGUACGAGUUGUAAAGAGCAAGCAGUGGUGUGAAAUGAUCCCCUGUUCAGAAGGAGAAAUCUGUGGCUUAUUAAUGAACAAGUCAGGCUGGACCUGUACACAACCAGGUGGUCGAAUAAAGACAAUAACGGUUUCCUGACACACGCAAAGGAGAAAUCUUUGCCUGGGCAGCUUAUCCUGUGUGUGCCACUUAUCUCAAAAAAAAUGAUUUCGCUGCUGUGAGUCUCCAUCUGUUGUCUGUCACUCUGUACGUUCAUGCUACAUUGUGGGAUCAAUGUUUUCUCCAGCAUGAGAUUAAGCCUGACCUGCCCAGCUGUUAAGUACACAAGCCCUGCAGGAACUGAGGUAACUUCUCCCCUUAUGGACCGAUGCUGUCCAGUGACUAUAUCUGGUGAAAUCUGUCUUGCAGAUAGUCUAACUAUUUCCACUUUGGGUCCCUUCAUAAAAACUGAAUCUUUUUCAAGUCAAACAUCAAGGAAAAUGUGAAAUAUUAGUUCAGUGAACAAGCAAGAUAUCAGCAUGAUGAGAAUUCAUCCGCCUUUUCCUCCAAGACUUCUAACUAAUGACCAAAGAAUGAAAGACCUGUGCAGCUGAUGAAAGAAAUUGUAUUGUUUGAGACCCCUUCAAUAAUUAUAAUCUGCUGGAGUUAUCAUUGAAAGAUCUGCCACACCUCUGGAGGAAAAGAAAAUGCUCUUCAGAUGAUGGAGAUACAAUUACAGUGGUGUAGCCAAUAUUUCAUUCUUUAUGGCAAUGCUGAAGCUGGGAUUUGGAAUGGCUUAAUUACCUUAAAGAACUAAAUAGCACAUGAACAUAAAACAAUGAUGGCGGAAUUGCACCAGCAUAAAAGGACCUCUCGUGUUCUGAGGCAUGUGCUCAUGCAUUUUUGUAACAUCCUGUGGGUUUUGUGCUCUUAGUUGUCCUAUCAUACUACUGCAGAGCAUUAGGUAAGCUCUAAUCUGUUUGUUCAGGCCUGUGAUCUAUUAGACACAUCGCAGAAUCCAAUAACUUGAGCAUACUUAAACAAUGGCAUUUUUCAGUUUUGAAUGUGGCAUUCAAAACAAGUCACCAUUCAGUGUGUUUAGAGAAAGAAUCUUAAUUUGUAAACCUCUAACAGAUUUUGUAUGUUGUAUCUUUGUAGGAAACCUAUUUAACUGUGUACGUGCUCAUCAUGUAAGACCUGCAAUGCCAUGAUGGAAAGCUGUGAUGUGAAUAGAGUACAUCUCAUGCUGCCAAA